AUGUCUGAUAUCGAUGAUAUUGACCUUCCGGAUAUCCCAAGGGCUCCUGUGGACCCUUCUGGUGAUACGUUCGGUCCCAACGUGAUUCUCAGCGACUCCGAUCUUGAUAAAGCAUACCCGAAUCGACCUAGAAAUAAGAACCCUACCUUACCUUUUGCGGAUCUCUACCUCUCCCUAUUUGAGCCCCUCCUUGCGAAUAAGAAGAAGAGGACCGGAGUGAGCAUCCGUGGGACUAAUAAAGUAUUAAAGCCUCAUGAGAUUCGCAGGAAUAUCAUCGACCGAUUCAUCUCUCGCUGGCGUAACGAAGUUGGCAAUGACAUAUAUCCUACCCUUAGGUUAAUACUCUGCGAAAAGGAUAGGGAUAGAAGUGUUUAUCACCUCAAAGAAAAAACCAUCGGCAGACUGUUAGUAAAGGUCAUGAAAAUCAAUAAAGAUAGUGAUGAUGGCUACUCUCUGAUUAACUGGAAACAACCCGGCACAUCCAAGAGCGCUGGUGAUUUUGCGCUUCGCUGUUAUGAGAUCAUCAGGAAACGGCCAAUGCGUACAACCCCUGGAAGCCUGACGAUUUCUCAGGUAAACUCUAUGCUAGACCGUCUCUCGCUGGCCAGUAAAGAGGAGGAGCAGCUUCCAAUAAUGACUGAGUUCUACAACAACAUGAAUGCCAGCGAGCUAAUGUGGUUGAUUAGGAUCAUAAUGAGACAAAUGAAAGUUGGUGCCACCGAAAGAACCUUCUUUGAUGCCUGGCACCCCGAUGCCGCUGCUCUCUUCAAUAUAUCAUCGUCACUCAAGCGUGUCUGCUGGGAACUCUCGGAUCCCGAGUUCCGCAUGGACUCUGAUGGCAAGUCGGUAUCUCUAAUGUCAUGCUUCCAACCGCAACUAGCUCAGUUUCAGAAACGCUCGUUGGACGACGCCGUCAAGGCUAUGCAUCUUACUCCUGAAGACCCCAUUUUCUGGAUUGAAGAAAAGCUAGAUGGCGAGCGGAUGCAAAUGCAUUACGAGAACGGCAAUUUCAUGUUCUGGAGUCGCAAAGCUAAAGACUACACGAGGCUUUAUGGCUCCUGUUUCGAUGAUGGGAGCCUAACGAGACACCUUCGCGGCGCCUUCGACGAUGGCGUUAAAAGCAUCAUCCUGGACGGUGAGAUGAUUACUUGGGACCCAAGAUUGGACUGUAUAGUUGCCUUUGGAACACUUAAAACCGCAGCGCUUGAAGGGAUCAGGAACCCGUUUGGUGAUGGCCCUCGGCCUUUAUUCAAGGUAUUCGAUAUUCUUCACCUGAAUGGUGGAUGCCUAAUCAACUAUUCCCUGCGGGAUAGACGCAUGGCACUCGAGCGAAGCGUCAAAACUAUAGACCGUAGGAUGGAGGUCCAUAAAUACGAGGAGGCUCGAGAGGCUGUUGAAAUUGAAAGAGCCCUCAGAAAGGUCAUUGCUGAGGCUAGCGAGGGACUGGUAAUAAAGAACCCAAGGAGUAUAUACCGUCUUAACGACCGAAACGAUGACUGGAUGAAAGUCAAACCGGAAUAUAUGACAGAGUUUGGCGAAUCACUCGACCUAGUCGUCUUGGGCGGUUAUUGGGGUAGUGGCACACGAGGUGGUAUCCUAUCGAGUUAUCUCUGCGGGCUGCGUGUGGACGGGAACCAUCUCAAGCCUGGGGAAGAUCCAAUGAAAUUCCGUUCCUUCUGUAAAGUCGGUGGUGGGUUCACUGCAAAUGACUACUCUAAAAUCGCUCAUAUGACCGACUCCCAAUGGGUCCCUUGGGAUCCCAAAAAACCACCCAGCGAACACAUUGAGAUUGUGGCAGGUGGGCGCGGCGUUGACCAGCCCGACGUCUGGAUCAGACCCGAUAAGUCUAUAGUCCUGGAGGUCAAGGCGGCUAGCAUUGUCCCAACAGAUGAGUUUCGGGUAGGCAAAUCCUUGCGGUUUCCUCGAUUCAGGCAGAUACGCGAGGACAAGGACUGGCAAACCGCACUUAGUAUCUCAGAGCUCAUCGCGCUCAAGGAGGAGGUUGAGAAGGAAAAGGCAGAUGAAGAGAAAAGAAUCGAGGUUGAGAACCGAACACGGAGAGCCGGGAAACGCAUGAAACGUGAAUAUACUGUUCUCGGGGCAAGUGAUAAACCCGCGGACUUUGUUUCACCAACGGUUGAGGGUGGUCCACGACUCUUCGAAGGGCGCUCGUUUUAUGUCAUGUCCGACGCCACAACUCCCAAAAAAAUGGGUAAGGCUGAGGUCGAACAACUCAUCAAGUCUCACGGUGGGAAUUUAUAUCAAACCGAGAACGCAGUUCCGGAUACAAAUGUUAUCGGAGAUAAGAACAAUGUCAAAAUAUCCGCCCUCAAAAAGAAAGGAACUCACGAUGUCAUUCGCCCCGCGUGGAUUUUCGACUGUAUUCGGCAGCAUGAGCUAGACCUACAACGUGGUCAGAAAGGCUGCUACAUCAUUCCUAUUGAAGCGAGGCACAUAUUACACGCUGCCAGUGGUGUAGAGAGACGAGCAGCCGCUAGCGUAGACCAAUUUGGUGAUAGCUAUGCCCGAGACCUCACCAUGGAAGAAAUAAGUAACCUCCUCCGAGAUAUGCCCGGAGCCUUCGAUAGGACUUUUGCGUCGGAGUUCGUUAAGGGCCUUAGUGAGCAUGACCAGCGGGAGCUCGGUGAGCUCCCUGGCUGGAUGUUCAAGACCUUUGUUAUCUACGUCGACAGGGAAGGUCAAGGAGAAGUUAACGAAAACCUCAAACCAUCACCACUCCUAGCCCUAUUUGCUGGGGCUCGUAUCGCUCUCGACCUCCAAGACACGGAAAUAACACACAUCAUAGCUUCCCACGACCAACAACGACUCCACGAACUCAGGGAAGCCAUAAAAUGGCGCCCACGCAUCCCCCGAAUCGUAACAAGAGACUGGCUGAAAUCUAGCCUAGAAGCAAGAACGGUUUUAGACGAGGAGCAGUUCUCGCCGGCUCUGGGUUGUGUGACCGGCUCGGCCUGAAGUUUUGGCAUGUUCCCUCACAUCCGGUGUAUGUUCUGGGCUAUGAAUUUUCGAAUUAUCGAACCUUUGGGGGGUUUUUAUCGAGUCUCGGUAAUUUGUUGAACGGGUGGAGUAUGGGCGUAUAUACUGGUUGUCGCGCACUUCCUCCAAUCAUCCUCACUAAAUCUCACUCGGGGGAUGAAGCUUUGAAAUUGACUGCGAAAUCUUACGCAUUUAUUGCUAAGAGAA